AUGUGCCCCGCGGAGGACGCGGCGCCGGCCCACUCUGGCCGGGCUGAACCUUCCCGACGGCCCCCCCCGCCCCGCGCCCCGGCGGCUCGCCCUCGCCAGACCCCGUCCACCGCGGUGGUCCGUCCCGCGGCCCCCAACCCAGGGCCGCCACCUCGUCCGCGGGACCUGCCGGAGCGCGGGGACGCGGCGCUGCAGACCCGGCGGACCGGGAGGCGGGCGGGGUCCCGAAGGGGUCGCGGCACUGGAGCCACCGAGGGGCAGGGCCAGGGUGGCGCCCCGGGCGCGGACCGGCCCCCGCCCCUGCCCGCUGCCGGCGCCCGAGGCCGGCUCGGCGCGGCCACCUCUCUCGGGCCCCUCGGCCGCGCCCGGCUCCCGCGAGGCCGACACAAAGGGGACGCGCGUCACCCACCUGGUCCCGCGCGGCAGGGGCCCCGGGGCCGCCGCUCCUGCUCGGCCACGGGCGGGGCUCCGCGCGCCGCGCCUAGGUCCGCGGUCCGGGGCCGGGUGUCCGCGCUGCGCGUCCGCCGCCCCGCCCGGAGGUGCCCUUUAUUCCCGCCCGCCCUCCAGCCGGGGCGCACGGCCCGCGGGGGGAGAGUGGGCGGCGGCGCCGAGUGGCACAAAGACGCGGGGAGCACAGGCUCGGCCCGAGCGCCCCCGCCCGGCGCGCAGCGCCCCCUGCCGCCCGCCCGCCGCGCCCGCCGCCGCGCCCCGCCCCGCCCUCGGCCGCGCAGGCCCGCGGGGACACCCGGUGCCCGAGGACCACCCGGACCUCACGCCGCCAAGAGGAGCACGGGGCGCGUCGUCCGGAGGCAUCCAGAAGACUGCCCCAGAUGCCCAUGCGCCGGGGAGAAACGAUCAGCAAGACGGGAGAGAAAUGGGUGA